AAACAGCACUGGCCUCGACCGCAAAGUGUCUGCCUCCGUCGGACGUAGCCUACGCGCUCUCCCGGCCCUGUCAUGUAACCCUGGCAUCGCCCUAGCCAUCUGUCCCAUCUACAAAAAGCUACAAGGAGCUGAGUGAAGGCCGGAGAGGCUUGCGCCGUCCUUGAAUAUCGCGCGCGAGCGACCGGAGGGGAAAAGGCAGCUGUAAAAUCUAAAAUCUAGGAAGGCAGAGGCGAGACAGCCCACCCGAACAACAACGGGAGAGAGAGGCGAGAGGCGGGAGGGGGUGGGAGCCAAGAACGCCUAAGGAAAAAAAAAACGCCUUACCUAAGAACAUGCCACAGUUCUUCCCCUUCAUCCCCGGCACCGAGACCGGCCGCGCCGCCCGCCAGCACGCCAACGACGCCUCUCCGUUGCUCGGCCGCUUCCGCGCCGUCCCGCCGCCGGCACCGUGGGGACCAUCCUCAGCCCGCGCGUCGCCCCCGUUCGUCUCGUGGAGCCACCCCCGCCGCGAGGACGGCCGCGGUAGUGUCCGUGUCGGCUACGGUUACGGCGCGCUGCUCGUCUCCCCCGGGCCCGGGGACGAGGAUUCGGGCUACGGCGACGAAGACGACGACGAGGACGGGGACCCGGACGAUAGCGACGACGAUAGCGACGACGAGGACGGCGGCUGCGUGGGGCGCUUCGAUGGCGGCAGGCGCGCCGGAAAGCGCGUUUGGCGCUCGUGCCGCCGCCUCGCCCGCCUCGCCCGCCGGAGUGUCCGCGACUUGUGGAUUGCGCCCCGCCAGGCGGCCGUCAAGCGCGUUGUUAACAGCUGGUGGAGCCGAUGGGGCGUCCUGGUCUUCCUGCCUACCGCUCUGGCCGUAGGCUGGUGCGCCCUCCCGUUCCCGCAGUAUCCGCUCUCACCCUCGCACUCGGGCGCGACCCCGCCGGAGCCCCCGCCGGGCGAUCACCGCGCCCCCGGUCACGGCGAGGCACGCGUCCGCGUCAACUUCUGGUUCUUCCUCUUCGUCUACUACGGCUUCUACAACCUCACCGCCCUGACCUGGAUCACCAAGCUGUUCAACCUCUACUCGCUCAACUGGUGGCCGUCCACGCUCGGCUUUCCCCUCACCGUCUCGCUGAUCGCCGUCUUCUCUCUCGCCGCGCCCCUCCCCGUGUACCUCGUCCCCGAGGCGCGCUACCUGACGGUGCACAACACGGCCUGGAUCAGCUGGACCUUCGUCAUCAUGGCCAUGCCCGUCGCUAUCGCCUUCUGCAUCCUGAUGACGCACGAGCGCCACCUUGGCCUCCGGCACCCCCUGAGCGAGACGCAGCGUAUCUUCACGAGCUCGUGGUGGACCGGCAAGGGGGAUUCGAUCUCGGCGACCCGAGAGCAGAGCCGCCGCAGGGGCUUGGUCACUCGGGGGUCCGACCCGUUCGACCCCGACGCCACGCUCCAGGUCGUGGACGAGUCGCGGCGCGCAGUGCCGGCGCUGAUGCAGCGGCGCAGUUGGCUGCCCGCCAGCUUCGUGCGCUUCAUAUGGUUCUGCCUCGCGCUGGCCGUCAGCCUGCUGGCCUACCUGCUCGGGGAGGCGUACGCCGAGAUCUACCUGCGGACGCUGCCGCACAACAGCUUCGAAACCAUCGUCUACGUCUACAGCUGGGUCGUGACGGUCCACUUGCUGGACGCACUUACGGCGUGGAUCCUCGGUAUCAAUGAAGGGGAGCGGGUCGGCAGCUACCCCCUGAGUUGGAUCUUCAAGUUAUACUUCAUGCUGACGUAUCAAACCUACGUCCGCGCGCUAUACGCGCGCCUUCGCUCGCCCUCGCAGUUCAUCUGGCUGCAGGCGCUCUCGUCCGGCUUCCUCAUCGUGCUGACGCCGCUCACCAUGACGGAAAUCUACCACCGCAUCCUCACGACGCUGGGGCUCACGACGCUGUCGUACGCGUCGUACCAAAAGAUCUGCACGCGGAACGUCUUCAUCCGCUUCCUGGCGCAGAACGUGAGCAUGCUCACCUUCCUGGGCAGCAUCCUAGUGCUGCACUUCGGCGCCAACAAGGACGUGUACCCCUACUUCGCCUUCGACGACCCCGACGAGCUGUACGAUUUCGAGCUGACCUUCUCCGCGUCCAUGAUCACGUGGGCCUGUGAGCUGGCGGCGGGAAUCGUGCUCGGGGGCCUGAUCCGGUGGAUCUUCGGGGUCAACGCGAACGUCGAGGGCAAGAUGGACUUGGCAGUGUGGCCCGAGCUGCUGCCGACGAGCGUGGCCGUCAUGCUGCACGUAUUGCAAAGCAUGCUAUUUUCGAUCAUACGGCUGCACUUUCGGUGACGAUGGGUGCCGGAGAGAAAUCUCUUGCUUUCGUUGAUGUGUAAUGCCCGGAUUGGCAAAUGCUUGCUUGGUGGGUGCGCUUCGAUAUCCAAGGGCGGACGGAUCGAGUCCAUUUUCCACGGCUCUCUCCCCAGGGUACUCGAGAAACCGGUAACAACGCUCGGUGGACUGGAUAGGCCUUUUUUUUGGUGGUUAUCAAGCGCCG